AUUGGCCCUGAAAAAUGGGCAAGCUUGAGCCCUGGCUAUCAGAUGUGCUCGAAAGGAGAACGCCAAUCUCCGGUCAACAUCGAUAAGAGCAAAUUGGCUUAUAACCCGGGUUUGGCAGCUCUGGAGAGGAAUUAUGUUCCUGCAAAUGCCACCCUUGUUAACAAGGGCUACCAAAUUGCGCUCCUAUUUGAUAAAAAUGUGGGGACUCUGGUGGUAGAUGGAAAGAACUAUAGCCUGAAAUCUGUGCAUUGGCAUUCACCUUCUGAGCACACCAUCAAUGGCAAACGAUUCGCCGUGGAGCUUCACAUGGUCCACAUGAGCGACAAUGGUAGGAUUGCUGUGGUGGCAAUCCUGUAUCAGAUCGGCCGACGUGAUCCUUUUGUUGUCCAGAUAGAGAGGAAGCUGAAGGAAUUGGCUGAGGAGGCUUGCAAAGGAGAUGAGGAGGCACACGUUCCGGUUGGAGUUGUGCAUACAAGGUCCUUAAAACGCCACAGCAGCAAGUACUUCAGAUAUUCUGGAUCCCUCACCACACCACCAUGCACUGAGAAUGUCAUCUGGAGCAUCCUUGGCAAGGUGAGAGAGAUGGCCGAGGAACAAUUAGCUGCACUGCAAGCACCUUUGAGUCAGGAGAAUCGAAACAAUGCGAGACCCACGCAGCCAUUGAAUUACAGGGCUGUGCAGCUCUAUCAUGAGUCAAGAAAACAUGAUGAAUACUCUCGCUAAUCGUAUGAUGAUUAUGAUGUUGUGAGACAUAACAUGCAUCGAUCAUUAGACAUGCAAGUAUACUAUAUUGGCGUCGAUUGGGAUCUUCUUAAGAGGAUUAGUUUAUUGUUGGAAUGAUGCGCAAGAGUUUGAACCAUUUUGAUCCCAAAUGGAUUAAUAGCUCUAGAUCUGUAAUUUUUUUGCUGUCACCAAUAAAAUAAAGCCUUGAGCGUGCCUCUGAGGAUUUGUUUC